AUGCGAGCCCUAUCUCGGUGUGGGGCUUGCCUAGUCUUAAAUAGAGGAUGCAGUCCACAGUGCAUCUUUGUCCCUUACUUCCAUUGUGAGGAUGGUACUACUCGUUUUGCCGCCAUCCGUGAUACUUUCACGGUCCGAAAUGCCGUUAACAUCUUAGCUCUACUUCCGGUCAGUGACCGAUUUUGGGCUACUGAUACACUCUUCUUUGAAGCUCAAGCUCGAUUUCAGGAUCCUGUCUAUGGAUGUGUAUCCCACAUUCUUACCCUUCAGCAGCAGGUUAGUGAGUUGCACGUUUAUCGAGCUUAUUUGCAAGAUUUACUCUUUACUACCUAUCCUGCAUAUUUCCAACCUGUCCCAGAUUGGUUUCUCCUACAACCCGAUCAAAAUCCAAACUGGAGUUUCGAUCUUCCCACUAUCUCAGAGGACGUUUCACUCCCAAGUUUCCCAAAUGCUACCCUUCCGCCUUACCUUGACGAAGCCAGCAGUAGCCAGAUGCCUCUCCCAAAUGACAUCGAUGAGCUAGGACCUGUCAUGUUUGGCAUCCAUCGUCGUCAUUGA